AUGGGCGAAUGUAAAAAACAGCAAGGAAAAUAUCUCAGAAUCAUCUCCCCUGAGCCUCCUGUUAAACUUUACUGCUGCUAUGCAGUGAUCAUGGUCCUAACUGUAGCUGUAAUUGCACUUUCUGUUGCUUUGUCAGUCCACUUAAUUUCACUUCACAUCGUACUACUUUGUAAUUCUGUUUCCUCCAGCAACAAAUGCUAUGUGCUGAGAGGUGAUGUGUUCAGAACCGGUAAGGAGUGGUUAAUGAGUCACACAGACAGCUGGGUUGUGCUUGCAGAGUCCUUAUUAGGAAACUCAGAAUACAAAACUUUCUCUUCCUCUCCAGGGUUUCAGGUUUCAUCCCUCCUCCUUAGUUCAGGAAAGAUUCUUCCUCUCAGUUCAGGGAUGACUGCUGAAAAUGUUGAAGAGACUUCCAUGGGCAUGUUAAGAACAGAAAUGUCUGCCCUAGACCACCAAUCAGAGGGAGACAUGGGUAAAAAGCAGCAAGGAAAAUGUUUCAGAAUCAUCUCCACUGAGCCUCCUGUUAAGCUUUACUGCUGCUAUGUAGUAAUCAUGGUUCUCACUGUAGCUGUAAUCGUACUUUCUGUUGCCUUGUCAGGAUUUAGAAGACCUUUAGAAGAACAGUGCCUUCCUUCUGCUCAUUUAAGGGUUGAAAAAGUUGAAGUGAGAAAGGAAAAACCAGUCAUGUUGACCCCUGGAUCUUGCUAUGCAAACUGCCCAAAUGGAUGGAUUGGAUUUGGAAGCAAAUGCUUUUAUUUUUCUCAAGACAAGAGAAACUGGACAGUCAGCCAGGCCUACUGUAGGGCACAGGCAGCCGAACUAGCUCGAUUUGACAGCCUGGAGGAGCUGAAUUUCCUCAAGAGAUGUGCAUCAUAUCCUGCCCACUGGAUUGGCUUGUAUAGAGAGUCAACGGAACACCCUUGGAAGUGGAUAGACAACACUGAAUAUAAUAAUUUGGAACCUGUUUUUGGAGGUGGCCUUUUGGGUACAGUGUAUGACUAUAUACUCGCCAAUCAUUUCAACUACUCAAGAAAAUAUUGGAUUUGUAACAAGUUCAACAGCCGUACUUUGCAGUAUUCAAUGUCCAUUACUCUAUAAUCUAAGGUGGGGAAAGUGUCAAAGCAUUUGAUAGAAACCUAUUACAUGUAGACUUCUCAAUUAGUAAAGAGACAGUCCCUAAACCUUAAUAAAGAUUCCAAAAGUACCUUCCAUAUUCUCAUAUCACAUACAGUUAUAUGGAAUAAACAUGAACUAACAACAAACAGAAGGUCAAUAACUUGGAUCAAAUUAUGGACCUGCUAAAGAUCUAUCCUCUUUCUACAGUCAUAGAAAAUGUCCACUGCCAAAAGUACCAAGUAGACAAUUCCAUUGCCUCUAACAGAAAUAACCCAGCCUGUGAGGUAACUAGAGCCAUGUCUCUCACAGGCCUGCAUCCCUCUCAUACCCCACAACACAUAUUUACUUUACAUCCCACAUUUAUACUAUCAUUCUCAGAUGCUCCAUAGAUUCUAUCUUGUCUGCAAGAGUUCUUUCACCCAAUAGCCAUGCCUUUUCUCAUUUAAUUAAAACCUUUUUACAGCCCAAACCCGAGAAUCUAACUUUCCUAAGUGCUACCACAUCUUCUUGUAAAAUUUGCUAUAAUCAGUGGAUGGUUAUGUUAGAUGCUAUAGUAAAGAUUACCAAUGACUGUUUUUCAUCUGGAGUGCCAUGGGUCCUUAACUAUGAUACAAAAAAAAAUCCCCACAUUGCAGAAAGGUUAAAUGCUCUUAAAUAUGGAUCAUGUUUCUUCAAUACCAAUAAUGGCAACCUUCAUAAUUCUCUGGUCAAUGUAAACUGUAAGAUCUAGUUGAUCAUAGAGAAAGCAAGUAGAGUUUGUUUUGAAAUAUAUUUAGGUUAUAUAGGAAAAAUUAUCUCCAUUUAGCAAUCUGCUGGUGAACAGUCUCUAGACUCUACCACAUGGGUGUUCUGGUUAAAUCUUUUGGUACAGGUUUCCUGAGCUGUUGAAAUAUUUAUUUAACAAUAGCAUAGAUAGGGAAAGAAUUCUGAAACAUCUUUCACUAUCUUAAAUCUCUUAUGUAUUUUGUCAGAACUUUUAAUUACAUACCUUAACAACUUUCUUAUAUCUUCAAAACUUUCUUGUGCCUUCUCAUCCUCAGACAUUACUACACUUUCAUUGCAACUGGGCUACAUUUUUGACAAUAGCCUCUCCUGUGCUCUCUUUAAGAAAUUCAGUUCUGCAUCACAGUGACAAGUCUCAGUUGCUCUCCAUGAACUCUUUGUCUUUUUAAACGUAAUAUGAAGUAGGAGACAGUAACAUUGCAAAGUUCAGGUACCAGCAUGAUUUACAUUCUUAUAUAUGAGUAUGUACAUGGAGGUGAAG